UGAGUGGCAAAGAAGACUGAUGUCCUUAUAACAAGAGGUCUGAUCCAUCUCAACAGCAAGCCGGCGUAUGGCUGCGCGCAGUUUGCAGCAUCUCAAACGCAGGGCGGAUUAAGCGUGAUCCCCGUGUGAGAUCGGUCGGAAACAACGCACGAAAAAGAGAGCGAGGAAGGGAACGGAGGUAAGCGCGCACUCGAGCUGUAAGAAGCAUUUUUUUUUCUUCCUGGGACGCGCACAGACAGGCAGCGCUGCUGGUGAGACGGCAGACAGGGGAGAGCAGGAGAGGAGGAGGACGCACAAACACAGAGACAAAGUUCUCCUGCGUCGAGAUGAAGUAUGGCGCCAACAGAUAUCUGCGUCCCCAUGUAAUGGAAGUUUUGGAUCAUAAAGGGAAAGAGGAGAAAUACCCCCAAGGAACGAGUGCACCCAUGUAUUUCGGUGUGGCAUGAGCUUUCAGUGCAGUGGAGCCAAUCAUCCAGUCAUGAUUUGGGUCGCGUUUUUACCUUUUUUGGUUUCGUGCGCACACGGGAACAGGACCGUGGAGCAGGUGCCGUUUUUUCACGGGCAUGUAUUUGAAAACUCGUCUCCCGGCUCCCGGGUCAACGGACUGAGCGUCCCGUUAAAGCGGCUUAACUCGCAGAGGCUGUGCGGUACCGGGGAAUCUGUAGCGCACUUUAAACUCCUGGGAGACGGUAGCGAGAAUUUCCGUGUCUUUGCGCACCACAAACGGGGCCAAAUUUUAUUGAAGACUUCUGGGGUUCUGGACCGGGAGGAGCGGGCUGAAUACGCACUAAGUCUGGGUUUGUGUUGCGGGCAAUGCGCGGGACUCUCCCGGGAAGUGGGAGAGGAGUCUCCGGUUGUCGCUGAAGUGGCGUCCAUCAAGGUGGACGUCCUGGACACCAACGACCACCAGCCCACCUUCCCCGGUGCCGAUGUGAAACUAAGCCUGGAUGAUGCCACCGCGCUGCGCACGGCGAUCUACACAGUGACCGCGUGGGACUACGACAGCGGCAAGAACGCGCAGCUCAUCUACUUCGCCUUGCCCAAAAACGGGAGUUUCUACGCGGUGCCCAAAACUGGAGACAUCCUCCUGGUAGACUCUAUCCUCGGUCUGGGGGAUCCGAUUAAGUUUAAAGUGUUCGCCCGGGACCGCGGGUGGCCACCUCGCACGAGCCAGAGCAUAGCAGUUGAGAUCAAUCCACGGCAAUGGCCCGUGGCCCCCUUGAUCAACACCCAACCGGGGGAAUGGAACGCUAAAUCACAAAUUAAAGUCCCAGCGCGAAGGUCUAGGUCAGUACUUGAAUCAGACAGCCCCGUUUUCAUCAACGUGUCCGAGGAUGCAGGGAUCGGUUCAGUGGUGAUGAACCUGAACCCGGUGAGGUUUCAGUCGGCAGCGUUUGAGUUGGUGGAGCCCGAGAUGGAGAGCUCUCCGGUCAGCGUGAGCCGGGACAGCGGGGAUAUAGUCAUAUCACGGAGACUGGACCGAGAGACUGAGCCUUUGGUGGAGAUCAGCGUCAAAGUUCAGGAUAAAAGAGGUCCAGAGUGGUACUUGGUCAGAGUGGAGUUGACUGUAACGGAUGUAAAUGACAACAUCCCAGAAUGGAGCAUGGUUCCUGCUCCCUACCUGGCUGUGGUUUCCCCUGAUGCCCCUGCGGGCUCCCUGGUCUACAAGCUCCACGCUCAGGAUGGGGAUGAAGGUAACAACGGUGAAGUGGAGUACUUCCUGUCUGAUGGUGGUGAUGGUCGUUUUGAAGUGGACAGGAAGAACGGCCAGGUGCGAACUACAGGCCUUCCCCUGCAGCGGGACAGGGAGUACCUGCUGACAGUGGUGGCAGCCGACCGGCUGGGCAGCCGCAGCGCCCCUGUCGUUGUCUCUGUGGUGGCUGGAGCCCGGCCGCCGCAGUUCACUAACGCUUCCUUCACCAUUGCCAUACCGGAAAACACCCCUGAAGGACAGCCCUUCCUGGUUACACCUGCUGUGUCCUUCCAGAAGAAACCAAUCAGCUACAGCCUUCUCAUCAAUCCCAGCAGUCUCUUCUCCAUCUCAGCAGAGACAGGUGACAUCAGCCUGACCCGCCCUAUCGACUACGAGACCGACCAGCAUCGUUACUUGCUAUUGGUCCGAGCCAGCGAAGGCCUGGACAGCAUGAGCAGUGCAGCGGAGGUACGAGUUGUUAUUGUGGAUGAAAACGACUGCGUUCCAGAGUUCCUCCAGUCCAUUUACAGCAAGGAUGGCGUACCGGAGACCGUGACAACCGCAACGUCCCUGCUGCAAGUGUCAGCCAAUGACUGUGACUCCGAAGAGAAUGCAGAGUUGAUCUAUUACACCCUGAGUCCAGACUUCACCAUUUCCCCUCAUGGGACCAUCUUCCCUGCGGGGCCUCUGGACUACGAGAGGCCCAACCACCUGUACGAGUUUGUAGUGAUGGCAAUUGACAAGGGCGAGGUCCCUCGCACAGGCACAACUACAGUACGGAUUCGAAUGGCUAACGUCAACGAUGAGGCACCUGAGUUCUCCCAACACAUAUAUCGGACGUUCGUCUCAGAGGACGCAGGACCCAACACGCUUGUUGCCACGGUGCUGGCGAAGGACCCUGAUGGCGACGGGAUCACGUAUAAGAUCACCACGGGAAACGAGGAGGGCAACUUUAUCAUUGACAGCCAAAAAGGUCUGAUCCGUCUGCGCUCCAGUCCGCCCCCUUACCUACAGGGGGUCGAGUAUGUCCUCAAUGUAACAGCAACGGAUGACAACGCCUCAAGUGGACCUCAGGCCUUGUCGUCCACUGCCCAGGUCAUAGUGGGAGUGGACGACGUGAAUAACAACAAGCCUGUCUUUGAGAAGUGCCAGCAGUACCGAGAGAGCACGUCGGUCCUGGAGAACCAGCCAGCGGGGACGUUUGUUCUGCAGGUUCAUGCUGUGGAUGCAGACGAGGGCUCCAAUGGCAGGGUCACAUACGGCUUCAUGCACAAAGACUCCACUGUGCCCGCAUUCAGUAUACACCCAGAUACUGGAGUAAUUGUGACCGCCAGGAAAUUUGAUCGCGAACGCCAACGGGAGUAUGCAGUGACAGUGACUGCCACUGACCAGGCAGCUGACCCACUGAUUGGCAUUUGUCAGCUCAACAUCCUCAUUCUGGACCAGAACGACAACAGUCCCAAGUUUGAGAACAUCCGAUAUGAGUACUUCCUUCGUGAGGAUACGAUGAUCGGGACUAGUUUCUUGCGGGUGGCAGCUCAUGACGAUGACUUUGGCACCAAUGCAGCCAUCACAUACUCUAUGUCCAGUGAACAGCCAGAGUACCUCAGGGUCAACCCUCUGACAGGCUGGGUGUAUGUCAACCAGCCCAUUUCUCAGAGGACGUACAUCACCAGGGAAAUUGUGGCAACAGACGGGGGGAACCUGAGCAGUUCAGUGGAGCUGGCCGUCACCAUCACCAACGUGAAGAACCAGCCUCCACAGUGGGACAAGGACAGCUACAGCGUGGUCAUACCAGAAAACACCGUCCGAGACACACCCAUUGUGACCAUCAAGGCCACCUCCCCUCUUGGGGAUCCCAGAGUAACUUACAACUUGGAGGAUGGCAUGGUCCCAGAGACCAAUAUGCCUGUUCGCUUCUACUUGACCCCCAACCGAGAGGAUGGUUCGGCCUCCAUCCUUGUGGCAGAGCCCUUGGACUACGAGACCACCAGAAACUUCAUGCUGCGGGUUCGAGCUCAGAAUGUAGCUGCUGUACCGUUGGCGGCCUUCACCACGGUGUACAUCAAUGUCACAGAUGUCAAUGACAACGUCCCAUUUUUCACUUCCUCUAUCUACGAAGCCUCGGUCACUGAAGGCGCAGAAUCCGGAACUUUGGUUUUCCAGGUUUUAGCCAAUGACCUCGACUUGGGUCUCAAUGGCAAGAUCUCCUACUCCCUGCUGGAGGACCGAAGUGGGGACCACCAGUAUUUCCGUAUUGACCCAGAGCUGGGAUUCAUCUACUCCCAGACUGUGUUUGACCGCGAGACCAAAAGCUCCUACCUGUUGGAGGUUCAGUCUGUGGAUGGCUGGGAAUCGGCGCGGCCUGGCAAACAUGGACAGCCCAACUCUGACACUGCAUAUGUUCGUGUUUUUAUCAGUGACGUGAACGAUAACAAGCCAGCAUUUGCACAGGCGUCCUAUGAAGUUGAUGUGGAUGAGGAUGCUGACGUAGGCUUCGCCAUCCUCACUGUCGGUGCCAACGAUGGGGAUGAAGGUGGAAACGCUAAGCUGCGCUACCAGAUCACAUCAGGGAACACAGGAGGGGUGUUUGAUGUGGAACCAGAGGUGGGCACUAUCUUUAUUGCCCAGCCCCUGGACUAUGAACAGAACAAAAGGUACAAGCUUCAUGUCCUGGCUUCAGAUGGGAAGUGGGAGGAUUACACAACAGUGACGGUGAACGUGGUUAACAAGAAUGACGAGGCUCCGGUGUUUACCGUUAACGAGUACUACGGCAGUGUAACGGAGGAGCUGGACGGCUCACCGGUGUUUGUGUUACAGGUAACAGCGUCUGACCCAGAUAAGGAUGCCGACCAGGAGGCCCUGCGGUACUCUCUCCAUGGCCAGGGUGCAGAGAGUGAAUUCAUAAUUGAUGAGGUCACAGGCAAGAUCUACGCCCAGCGGACCCUGGACCGCGAGGAGCGCGCCGUGUGGCGCUUCGUCGUCUUGGCCACGGACGAGGGUGGCGAGGGUCUGACGGGCUUCACCGACGUCAUCAUCAACGUGUGGGACAUCAACGACAACGCGCCCGUCUUCACCUGCGCCCCCAGCUGCCACGGAGACGUGGCGGAGAACUCGGCAGCAGGGACGUCUGUGAUGGAGAUGACAGCCACCGACCUGGACGACUCCGCUGUGGGGCAGAACGCCGUGCUCUCCUACAGGAUCCUGGGUAGCUUGGACGCCACUCACGUCGAGAUGGGAGGAGUGCCUACCUUCUCCGAGAUGUUUGCAAUCAACCCCACCACCGGCACCAUCACUGUAGCCAUGGGUGGCCUGGACAGAGAGCAGGUUGAGUCCUACCUCCUGGUUGUGGAGGCCAGAGACGGGGGAGGGAUGACAGGAACUGGAACCGCUACCAUUCAAAUCAAGGACGUGAACGACCAUGCUCCGAGAUUCACGGAUCACUCCUGCCUGGCUAGGAUCUCCGAGAAUGCAGAGCCCAAUGCAGAGGUCCUGGAGCUGGCUGCAGAGGACCGAGACACUGGAGAAAAUGCCCAGCUGACCUUUAGUGUUGUGGCUGGAGACCAAGAGCAGAAGUUCUACAUGGUGAGUCACAAGCAGGAGCAGCGCGGCACCCUGAGGCUUAAGAAACGCCUGGACUAUGAACGACACAGCGAGCAGAGGUUCAACCUCACACUGAAGGUUGAAGACCUGGACUUCUCCAGCCUUCUGCACUGUGUGGUGGAGGUGGAGGACUAUAACGACCAUGCUCCUGUCUUCAUUCCACACCUCCUGUCUCUUGCCCCACUGCCGGAGGACAUCAGCGUGGGAACCAGUGUGGCACGUUUGGUGGCCAGUGACUCUGAUUCAGGCCAGAACCGCGACAUCACCUAUAGCUUAUCAGAGGACUCGGAUCCUGAGGGGCUGUUCACCAUCGACCAGUCCGGUGUGCUCUCUGUGGCCCAGCCCCUGGACCGGGAGAGGAUAUCGCAGCAUUACUUGGUCGUAAUAGCGACCGAUCAUGGGGUUCCACCUCUAACUGGCAGCGCCACUGUCCAGCUGCCGCUGUUGGAUGUGAAUGAUAACGGGCCAGAGUUUGAGGUGGCAUACGCCCCAGUAGUCUUUGAGAAUGUGGCCGGACCACAGGUAGUAAGGUUGAACCUUACGUCGACCCUUCUCCGAGCUGUGGACCGGGACUCUCCAGAGAAUGGCCCACCCUUUCACUUCAAUGUCCCCUCCGACUACCGCCACAGCAAUGAUUUCUACCUCCAGGACAACCUAAAUGGCACGGCGACGCUAACAGCUCUGAGGAUGUUUGACCGCGAGCGGCAGAAAGAGUUCCUCAUUCCUAUUAUUAUGAGCGACAGCGGCCAUCCAGCCCAAACGGUGACCAGCACCCUGACCGUGACCAUCGGGGACCAAAAUGAUCACGCACAUAUGGCGGGGGAGAAGAAGAUUUUCAUCAACAGCCACAGAGGCCGUAUGCCAACUACUGUGCUUGGAAAGGUCUACUCUCCGGACCCUGAUGACUGGGACAACAAGACGUACGUCUUUGAAGGACAUGUGCCAAGUUACUUUAUCCUGAACAAGCGAACAGGCUUCCUGAUCAUCAAGGAGAACGCCCCACCCGACAUCUAUCACUUCCAGGUCCGUGUGUCCGAUGGAGUUUGGCCAGAUGCCGUCUCUACUGUCACCGUGCACGUGAGGGAGCUGCGAGACGAGGCCAUCUACAACUCAGGGUCUCUCCGCCUGGCAGACAUCACAGCAAAGGAGUUCAUUGAACUGAGAGGGAAGCAGCGGAGCCGCUACGAGCUGCUGGUGGACUUCCUGUCUGAGAUGCUCUCCGUUCCAUCUGAUGACGUCAACAUCUUUAGCCUCAUGGAUGUGAAGGAGCGAAUGCUGGAUGUCCGCUUUGCUGUGCACGGAGGACCUGCCUUCCUCCAGCCUGAGAAAAUCCAUGGCUAUGUGGCCGCCCACAAACAAAAGCUCCAGUCAUUCCUUCAGGUCAGCGUGUCCCAAGUUCGGGUAGACGAGUGUCCCAGCUCAGAGUGUGCCGGGGCCGGUGGCUGCACCAACGUUUUGAAUGUGCGGGACACACCCACAGUCGUGGAUUGUGGGACUAUGAGUCUUGUAUCUGUGACAGUGGAAUCCACUGCUGUGUGCUCCUGCCCAGGGAGAGAGCAGUCCCAUCAGCCCUGCACCGCAUACCCCAGAAACCCCUGCUUCAAUGGUGGCGUGUGUGUGGACACUCAGCAUGGCUACAGGUGCCAAUGUCCAGCUCAGUUUGAAGGACCUGAGUGCCAGCAGAACAAGCACAGUUUCCAUGGCAACGGCUAUGCCUGGUUUCCUCCCAUGAUGCCUUGUUUUGAGAGUCACAUGUCGCUGGAGUUCAUCACGGACGUGGCUGAUGGACUGCUGCUGUACAGCGGUCCCUUAGCCCAGCUGCAGGCCUGGGACAACGAGGACUUCAUGGCCAUAGAACUAAUAGAUGGGACCCCCACCUUGAAAAUCAACCACGGCUCUGGCACAGUGGUGCUACAGUUGCCAGGCAACGUGAACGUGGCAGACAGGCGGUGGCAUCGGCUGGAUGUCCGCAGCAACAGCAAGGUUUGACGUUUCACCCAUUUCAC